AUGUGGGCGGAGCCCCAUCAUAGAAUUUCCGAAUUAUUUCAGAAUUUCAGAAUCUCAGAAUCUCAGAAUCUCAGAAUCUCAGAAUCUCAGAAUCUCAGAAUCUCAGAAUCUCAGAAUCUCAGAAUCUCAGAAUCUCAGAAUCUCAGAAUCUCAGAAUCUCAGAAUCUCAGAAUCUCAGAAUCUCAGAAUCUCAGAAUCUCAGAAUCUCAGAAUCUCAGAAUCUCAGAAUCUCAGAAUCUCAGAAUCUCAGAAUCUCAGAAUCUCAGAAUCUCAGAAUCUCAGAAUCUCAGAAUCUCAGAAUCUCAGAAUCUCAGAAUCUCAGAAUCUCAGAAUCUCAGAAUCUCAGAAUCUCAGAAUCUCAGAAUCUCAGAAUCUCAGAAUCUCAGAAUCUCAGAAUCUCAGAAUCUCAGAAUCUCAGAAUCUCAGAAUCUCAGAAUCUCAGAAUCUCAGAAUCUCAGAAUCUCAGAAUUUCAGAAUCUCAGAAUCUCAGAAUCUCAGAAUCUCAGAAUCUCAGAAUUUCAGAAUCUCAGAAUCUCAGAAUCUCAGAAUCUCAGAAUCUCAGAAUCUCAGAAUCUCAGAAUUUCAGAAUCUCAGAAUCUCAGAAUUUCAGAAUCUCAGAAUCUCAGAAUCUCAGAAUCUCAGAAUCUCAGAAUCUCAGAAUUUCAGAAUUUCUGA